UGGUCUAUCUUUUCUUUUUUUCUCUCUCUCUUCCUUCUCUUCUCUUUUUCUGUAAAGAUGGACGACUAUAUGCUUCUCCGGCAUUGACUCGUCUCUCAGGUACCUAACUCAGGCCAUCUCACACACAGAGAGAUCGGUUAGGUUCUGGCAAUGGGGUAGGGGAGAAGGGUUUACAGAGAAAUCAUCAGAGGAUUUUUGGAAGAUAAAAAGCUUUUAGAAGAGUGGGAUGUGUUGGAACAAAUAGGAGGGAAGAAAAAGUUGGAUUGCUUGUGGCACACAAAUCCAAAGGAUGAAUUUUGGAAAAGGGAUUUCAAUCUCACAGGAAAAUGACAUGCUGAUCGGGGGUAAUUGGCUCCCAGCAGGCACUGAUAAGCAAUUUCUGGUGAGAUCUCAGCCGGUUCCAGUUGACAAGCAGGUGAACCAGGCAGGAAGAACCAAUUGGCAAGCACUCUUGGGUUUUCCUGGUGGGCAUGAAACUCAGAAUUGCAAUGGGGUGGUUCAGAAUCUGAAUCUAGUUGAUCUUGGAGGUCUGAGUCAGACAUUAUAUAAUUGGGAUGGCAAUUUUGCAGAAAAGAAUCGAUUGAUCAAUCACAUUGCAGGUUCCUACAAUCAAAACUUUGUCAAUGGUGACACCAGCACCUACAAACAUAUCUUCACUGAUGGUGGCAGCAGAGUCUCCCAGAGUCAGCCUUUUGCGAAUAGUGAUGGCACAGGUACCUACAGUCAGGCCUUGGCUAAUGUCGGCCCAGGCAUUUACAGUCAGGCCUUGGCUAAUGGUUGCACAGUCCCCUACAGUCAGGCCUUGGCUAAUGGUAGCACAAUCCCCUACAGUCAGGCCUUGGCUAAUGGUGGCACAGUCCCCUACAGUCAGGCCUUGGCUAAUGGUGGCACAAUCCCCUACAGUCAGGCCUUGGCUAAUGGUGGCACCAACAAUUACGGUCAGGCUGGCACCAACAAUUACAGUCAGGCCUUGGCCUUGGCUAACGGUGGCACCAACAAUUACAGUCAGACCUUGGCCUUGGCUAAUGGUGGCACCAGCACUUACAGUCAGGCCUUGGCCAAUGGGGGCACCAUCUACUAUCAGGGUUUGGGCAAUGGCAGCACCAUCUAUGAUCAGGGUUUGGCCAAUAGUGGCACUAGCUCCUACAGUCAAGCCUUUGUUAAUGGCAGUCCUGGAGCCUACAGUCGGCUCAUCGGAAAUGGGAGUGCUGGCUCCGGCAACCUGGCCAUUGGCAAUGGGGAUGCUGCCUUGUAUAGUCAGGCCAUGCACAAUGGUGAUAUUGAUCUGAAUGAAUAUUCUCUACAGGAUCUUUUGGGACUGGCAUCAAGUGCCUCAGUGGACAGAAGCAGCGUUCAGGCAGCAAAUAGACCUCCGGCUCUGAAGCCAUCUGUGAGUGAAGCACUGAGCAGAAGCAUCCAUACUGCCAACAGACCUCUAGUUCUAAAGACAUCAGCGAGUGAAGCACAGAACAGAAAUUUCCAUGUGGCAAAUGGGCCUCUAGUUCGAAAGGCAACCACAGGUGAAGCCCCAGAAAGAAGUCUUCUGAAUGCAAGUAGGCCUCAGGUUCCAAAUUCACAUUCUCAGUUUGAGAUCAAUUGGGGGGAAGAUAAUUCCAUUGACAUGUUGCUCGGUAAAGAAAAUCAAUGCUCAGGUUCAAGCAUGUGGAAGAACAGUAAUGGCUUACUGCAGAUACCUGAGUAUGGAUUCCCCAUUCCAUACCAACCUAGUUUCAAUCUCAAUUCACCACCAGGUGUGGAAGCCGAUGCCACCUCCAGCAUCACCAAUUCCUUCCCAUGUCCACCUGUCACUCCAGAACGGCCAAAGAAAAUACUGAAUUUUUCUGCAGAUGAGGGCUCAAGCCCUGAUAAAAAUCAGGAGUACAUCACAUCAACAACAAAUGGAGCUACUGAAAACCGCUGUGAUGAACUCUUACACAACAUUGUGGCAUCAUCCAGUGCUGCCCCUCCCAGUCCGUGCAAAGGAAAGAAUAUAGUUGCAAAGGAAGGUGAUGAAGGCAUCGACCUGAACAAGACACCUAAGCAAAAACAGCCAAAGAAGAGAAAGCAUAGGCCAAAAGUUGUAAUUGAAGGAAAACCAAAGAAGACUCCCAAGCCAAAAGUUGUAAUUGAAGGAAAACCGAAGAAGACUCCCAAGCCAAAAGUUCCAAGUAAUUCUAAUCCUAAAGAAAAUCCAACUGGAAAAAGGAAGUAUGUUCGGAAGAAUAAUCCCAAAGUCCCUGUAACAGAUCCUACAGAUGUUAGGAAGGAGAUACUAGAUCCUUCCUUUGCUAGCGCCACAGCAAAAUCAUGCAAGAGAGUUUUAAAUUUUGGGGAGGAAAAAUCAGGUGACGGCCAGCAUGACGUAGCUAGUCAGCAGGGGGUGAUGCAACAAGAUAAUGAGCCCACUUUUACUUUGAAUUUGACUUCUCAAACCAAAGAACCAUGUACACGCAUUAACAUCAUCUCUGGAACAAAAGUCGCUAUGCAGAAUGACCAACAGAAUGAACUGGUGGUGAAAAGCCAGCAAAUGUCAGCGGUGGAAAGUCAGCAAAUUUCAGCUGAUUAUAUAGCAAUGCUCAAAAGGUACACUCCUGCAGCCCAACCAACAACCGAGAACCUGCAAUUGGGCAAUUUAAAUGUCAUAUCAAGGACUGUGAACAAAGGAAAUACCGAUCCACGCCAAAGAAAUAGCAAAAAUGCUUAUGUUCCCAUACCUCAACACAUCCAUGCAGAUGGAAUAGGCCAAAUUGUCAUUCAACCACUAACUACUCAGGAAAAUCUUGACAGCUCCAGAAGGCAGAUGAUGCAGAGUACAUCUCAAACAAAUAAGUUUGCAAAUUCCAAUCAAGCAACGGGAUCCAAGAGGGAUUAUUGCCACACUAUUGAGCAGUCACAGGCCCAUGCUGCACAUCUGAUUGGCCCCUCUCUUUGCCAAGAGAUAUUUCAGGUCAAUGAAUAUAACAGCAGCAAUCUCUGCAAAGUUUUUUCAGAUAUGCAGAAGAAAAGGAAAACUGAGAAGGCUGCAUAUACAAACAUGUCUACCAUGGCUUCUUACACUACGGCUGGGGAGGAUGAACUGCAUCAAGCUGAAGCAAAGAGCGUGAAUCAGUUGACAUCACAAAUCAACCAUGGAAUUCUUAACAUUUGCUUUGAAGGUAACAACGAUUCACAAAACCUGGCCAAUGGAGUGAACAAGACUACCAGGGAUUCAUCUAUGCAUCAGACUACUGCUGGCAAUUCUAUGUGGAAGCAUCAUAUUUCAAAUGAAUGGCCAUCACAGACAGAAGACAUGAGAGAGAAACAAGUAAAUGGAUGCACUCAGCUCCACAGAUUAACUGUUCUUACUGCAGCUGCAAAAGAUAAACUGCAGCCACCAGCUCCCAUAAAAGCCCGAUCAUAUAGUAGUGGGCAGCACAGCAUUGAAUCUUGUCGUGUCAUUACAUUAGCAGAGAAGCAGAAAGAACCUCUCUUCUCCAACUCACACUCAUCCAGCACAUAUAAGCCAUUUCUGCAAGAACCCAAGGACAAGUUGUAUGACUACCACCAACCAUCCAUAAAGAAAAGAGGUCGACCAGCUAAGAAGAAACAACCAGAUCCAAUUGAUGCUAUAAUAGAACGAUUGAAAAGUCUAGAACUCAAUGAUACAAGCAAUGAGACUGUGAGCCAAGAGGAAAAUGCAAUCAUCUUAUACAAAGGAGAUGGUGCAAUCAUUCCAUAUGAGAUAAAAAAACGGAAACCAAGACCUAAAGUGGAUCUUGACUUGGAGACAGAAAGAGUAUGGAAACUCUUAAUGGGGGCAGAACAAGAUGUUGGAGAUUCAGAUGAAAGAAAGGCAAAAUGGUGGGAAGAAGAAAGAGAAGUGUUUCGUGGACGAGCUGACUCAUUUAUUGCACGCAUGCACCUUGUUCAAGGAGAUAGACGCUUCUCUCCAUGGAAAGGAUCAGUGGUUGACUCCGUCAUAGGAGUAUUUCUUACCCAGAAUGUUUCAGACCACCUUUCUAGCUCUGCCUUCAUGUCACUUGUAUCACGAUUUCCUCUUCAUCCAGAAAGCAACAAAACAAGUUACAGUAAUGAAGCUAGCAUAUUGGUUGAAGAACCAGAGGUCUGCAUAAUGAACCCAGAUGAUACUAUCAAAUGGCAUGAAAAGGUAUCUCAUCAACAAGUCUACAAUCAAGCCUUUGUUGCAUAUUCUGAAUCAUCAGAGCAUAGAAGAGACAGUCCAGAUUCAGGAACAAGUGAAACAAGCUUAGUAGGAGCACCUAACCAGAGAGCAGAGGAAGAAGUCAUGUCAUCACAAGAUUCUGUCAACUCAUCUGUUGUCCAAACUACUGUACUGAGAUCCUGCUCAGGAUCCAACUCAGAAGCAGAAGAUCCAACAACUGGGCACAAAACCAACAAGGUUCAAGCUUCAGCUUCAACAAACAUUUUGUACAUGGAAAAAACUUUCAUGUCUCAAGAAUGUCAGUAUCAUGCAAAUAAAAGCUCGAACUUUGAUGAGAACACUAUGAGGUACAGAAAGCAAAACCCAAGAUUGGACAGAGUGGAGAACCACACAGAGUCUUCUUCCCUUACCUAUCUAAUCAAUUCUGGCAAUUCCAAUAAACAAGCACCAGCUGUUCCUUCCAGUAAUUAUCGAUUGCACAUGACCCCAGAUUCAGGCAUACUGGAAGUAGAAUGUCUUCAAGUGUUGGGAGAAGAAAGUAUAUCAUCUUGGCCUUCAGCUGCUUCUGGAAUUGCCAACCCAAAAGAUGUCAAUUGGACAAGCAAAGGGACUCAACAAAUGACAGAAAGUAUUAGAAAAACCACUGCCCAACAAAAUGGACUAAUGAACCUCCAAGAAGCUACAGUAGGGAACCCGAAUGCAUUGCUAAGGAAUUAUCCUAUGCAACAAAGUAGCAUGCAACCAGGAUGUACAACUGAAAAUGAUAAACAAUCCUGCAAGAAUCAUGAUCUUGAAAGGACAAAGACCUUUCAAAUGCAAAGCAUGCCAAGCAGAGAGCCUCUAAAACCUGCUGAAGCACUGGAUACAAGACGAGACACUACCAUGCAUCAAAUUCCAAAUGUCCCUGAGCUUACAGAAGAAGCAUCUAAUGUCAGGGAGAGAGAUUCUGCAGUGGAUAAGCAAAUAUGCUUGGAGAAUGAAGUGCUUGAACCACUGUCAAGAGAGCAAGUCCAUUCUUCUAACAAGGAAAGUGGAGGGACAACUACAAAUAUUUUGAAACCUAAAAAGGAAAAGGUUGAAGGAACGAAAAAGAAAGCAUUUGAUUGGGAUAGUUUAAGGAAGCAAGUUCAGGCCAAUGGUAGAAAAAGAGAAAGAAGCAAAGAUACAAUGGACUCACUGGACUAUGAAGCUAUAAGAUGUGCCCAUGUUAAUGUUAUUUCUGAAGCUAUCAAAGAACGAGGAAUGAACAAUAUGCUAGCAGAACGAAUAAAGGACUUCCUUAAUCGAUUGGUCAGAGAACAUGGAAGCAUUGACCUUGAAUGGUUAAGAGAUUCUCCACCUGACAAAGCAAAGGAUUAUCUGUUAAGUAUACGAGGAUUGGGUUUGAAAAGUGUGGAAUGUGUGAGGCUGUUAACACUUCAUCAACUUGCUUUCCCGGUGGACACAAAUGUUGGUCGAAUUGCUGUGAGAUUAGGAUGGGUCCCUCUCCAACCACUACCAGAGUCACUUCAGUUGCAUCUCCUGGAACUGUACCCUAUGCUGGAGUCCAUUCAAAAGUACCUCUGGCCAAGACUCUGCAAACUGGAUCAGCGAACAUUGUAUGAGCUACACUAUCAGUUGAUUACAUUUGGAAAGGUUUUCUGCACCAAACAUAAACCAAAUUGCAAUGCAUGCCCAAUGAGGGGAGAGUGCAGACACUUUGCAAGUGCUUUUGCAAGUGCAAGGCUUGCCCUGCCAGCACCAGAAGAGAAGAGCAUCGUGAGUUCAACUGCACCCAGUGUGGCAGACAGAAACCCCACAGCAUUCAUCAACCCUAUUCCACUGCCUUCACUUGAAAGCAACCUACUUGGAAAAGAAGAGCAAGACACUAGUAAGUGUGAACCUAUCAUCGAAGUACCUGCUACACCAGAACCGCAAUGCAUAGAAACAUUAGAAAGUGAUAUUGAGGAUGCAUUCUAUGAGGAUCCUGAUGAGAUUCCUACAAUCAAACUGAACUUCGAGGAAUUCACACUCAAUCUACAAAAUUAUAUGCAAGAAAACAUGGAACUCCAAGAAGGGGAUAUGUCCAAGGCUUUAGUUGCUUUGGAUCCCAAAGCUACCUCAAUCCCUACUCCCAAAUUGAAGAAUGUCAGUCGGUUAAGGACAGAGCACCAAGUGUAUGAACUUCCAGAUUCACACCCUCUGUUAAAAGGGAUGGAUAUACGAGAACCUGAUGAUCCAAGCCCAUACCUUCUUGCUAUAUGGACACCAGGUGAAACUGCAAAUUCAAGUCAACCACCAGAAAGGAGGUGUGAGUCCCAAGAACCAGGCAAGCUGUGCAAUGAGAAGACAUGUUUUUCAUGCAAUAGCCUCAGAGAAGCAAAUUCACAGACAGUCAGGGGGACACUUCUGAUACCAUGUAGAACAGCCAUGAGAGGUAGCUUUCCACUCAAUGGCACAUAUUUUCAAGUUAAUGAGGUAUUUGCAGACCAUGAUUCUAGUAUUAACCCAAUUGAUGUUCCAAGAGCAUGGAUAUGGAACCUCCCAAGAAGAACCGUGUACUUUGGAACCUCUGUGACCUCAAUAUUUAGAGGCUUGCCAACAGAGGGAAUCCAAUACUGCUUCUGGAGAGGAUUUGUUUGUGUGAGGGGAUUUGACCAGAAAUCAAGAGCACCCCGACCUCUGAUGGCUAGAUUGCACCUUUCAGCAAAUAAGUUGUCCAAGACAAAAAAUGAAAACAAUUGAUAAGUAAGACAGGACCCAGAUAAAAAAUUGCCAGCUACAGGUGCUAACCAGGGUCUCUCCAGGCUGGAGGAGAUGGAGAUUGCUAAGUACAAAAACAGGUCAUUGCUAACAUGUUGUACAUUCAAAUAUUCCUCUAACAUGAGAUGCAUUCACAUGUUGCCCAGGUUGCAGGAGAAAUUUUUUUCAAAUUUAUUUGUAAGAGCCCAUGACAAGGGGCAUGUAGCCUGUACAUGACUAAAAUGAUGAUCAUUUUUUCAAUUCAUGCUCAAAACUGAGCCAUUAUUAAUCCAUUACACAAUCAUAGUGUAGCUUCAAAGCAA